GCUAGCAGGCGGACUCCGCGCCGUUGCAUGCAAGGGCGGGAGGUGGCAGUGACGAGCACUUGGCGCCACCAAUAAGCACCCAGGAGUCCAGGUCGCGCCCAAUCAAGGCCCAGGCGGCGGAGACAGGGUAGGGUGCGUGCGGGCGGCGCGUGUGGCAGUCGCGGAACGCGCGGGAGCCUUCCUGCCGCGGGGCCUGAGCUGUCCGUCUCCUCUCUGUCGCGCGUCCUGCAUGCCGGCCUCCGGCGCCCGCCGGAGGUCGCCGAGGAGCCAGAGGACCGACUGGUCUGCGGCCCCAGCCCAGGAGGGCGCGGCAUAGCGGUCGCGGAGCCAUCCCGGCGUCUGCUGCCAUGACCGACUCUCCCCUUAGAGGGGACGCUUCCUCAGCGGUGGCUGCAGAGAGAGACGAGCGGCGGCUCCUGGCCGCCGGACCGUGAGACGGGUUCGUGGCCGGCCAGUUAGGGGGACGCUGCGGACCACCGCCUGCGCCCGGCCAGGCUGGUUCCUAGGGCCCCGGGGACUCGUGGCGGGCCCCGCGGGAGGCGGCAUGUUCCCGCGGAGGCUGCUGGCCGCCUGGUUGGCGGGGGCGCGGGGCGGGGGCCUGCUGGCGCUUCUGGCCAAUCAGUGCCGCUUCGUCACGGGCCUGCGCGUGCGGCGCGCGCAGCAGAUCGCGCAGCUCUACGGCCGCCUCUACUCCGAGCGCGCACGCCGCGUCCUUCUCGGCCGCCUCUGGCGCCGGCUGCACGGCCGUCCUGGCCAUGCCUCUGCCUUGAUGGCGGCGUUCGCCGGCGUCUUCGUGUGGGACGAGGAGAGGAUCCAGGAGGAGGAGCUGCAGAGAUCCAUUAAUGAGAUGAAGCGGUUAGAAGAAAUGUCAAAUAUGUUUCAGAGCUGUGGAGUCCAGCACCACCCUCCAGAACCAAAAGCCCACACAGAAGGGAGUGAAGAUUCAGAGGGCAAAGAGCAACCUUGGGAAAUGGUGAUGGAUAAGAAACACUUUAAGCUGUGGCGGCGCCCAAUUCCAGGCACCCACCUUUACCAGUACCGAGUUUUUGGAACUUACACAGAUGUGACACCUCGGCAGUUCUUCAAUGUUCAGCUGGACACAGAGUAUAGAAAAAAAUGGGAUGCCCUGGUGAUCAAGCUGGAGGUGAUUGAGAGGGAUGUGGUUAGUGGUUCCGAGGUUCUUCACUGGGUAACCCAUUUUCCUUAUCCAAUGUACUCACGGGAUUAUGUUUAUGUUCGGCGGUAUAGUGUGGAUCAGGAAAACAACAUGAUGGUGUUGGUGUCGCGUGCUGUGGAGCAUCCGAGUGUGCCAGAGUCUCCAGAAUUCGUCAGGGUCAGAUCAUAUGAAUCCCAAAUGGUUAUCCGUCCCCACAAGUCAUUUGACGAGAAUGGCUUUGACUACUUACUGACAUACAGCGACAAUCCCCAGACCGUGUUUCCUCGCUACUGUGUUAGUUGGAUGGUUUCCAGUGGCAUGCCAGAUUUCCUGGAGAAGCUGCACAUGGCCACUCUGAAAGCCAAGAAUAUGGAGAUUAAAGUAAAGGACUACAUCUCGGCUCAACCUCUGGAAAUGAGUAGUGAAGCCAAGGCCACCAGCCAGUCCUCUGAGCGGAAGAAGGAGGGCAGCUGUGGCCCUGCUCAGAUUGAGUAUGCCUGACAGGCUUUGGGAGAAGAAGGGACCGGCGCUUCUAGCCCCGUCUCAGUCCUUUACCACUCUGCUCCAGAAGGGGGACGUGCCCCAUGUGUUAGGAGGCGUCUGCUGUAACUUCAGUGCAAGAUAAUUCAAUAACUGAUAUCCCAUUUCAUUCAGAGCCCUUAUUGCUCUUAUCAAAACAGAAGAAGGCUACAUUUGUGCGAGUGUUGUCAUAUUCUCAGGCCAACUCCUUUGAAAUUCGGUGUCUCACUGAGCUAAUCUGGAACAAACCGCUAACCUCAGGCCAGAAGGGGAUGACCUCCAUUUGCUUCUCUGAGUAGUUUCCUCUGCUGACAUUCCAAAUCCCACCAUCGAUUGUGCAGCGCUUUGGAUUUCCUUCAGUUCUCCAGGUCCACCUGGAAAGUGUAGUUGGCCGGUUGAGUCUCUCAGAUGAGGGGCCGCUGGGAGUGCUCUUGGUAACAAUCAUGUUGUGAAUAGGUGUGAACGCUACUUGGUUGUGUUAAGUGCCUUGUCCGCACCUUGCUUUUAUCUCUAGGGACAUGAAAUUAUUAUUAAUUUUUUUUUUGUUUUAAGUAGAGAUGGAGUUUCACUCUGUUUCCCAGACUGGUCUUGAACUCCUGGGCCAUACCUGGCCAGGGACAUGAAAUUUGUACCAAGAAAUUUCCCUCCCUGCCUGCACAAUAGCACCCAUUUAUUCACCUUAUCCAGAGCAAGUUUCCUUUGAAUCGGCCAGUUCUUCUGUAUUCAUUGGAUCAUUGCCUCCUUCCUAACCUUCCCCACUUAACCAAGAACACUGGGAGACUAAUCCUUUUACAUAGUAGCUUUUUGAUGCUCAAAACAUCACAUUUAAAUUUAGUUUAAAAAAUUUUUAACUUUUGUGUCAAACAGAAGCAGUUGAGGAAUUGAGGAUUCUACCUUAGUCCCAUUGUAUAGAAAACACGAUUUUGAUUCAGGUAUUAUUUUUCACAUUUCAGGUUUGACUUGUUCUUUUCAGAAGGCUAAAGGCAGAGGAAUGGGGGCUGGGCCACUCCCUUGGAGCUCUCAGAUCUGUAGACAAGCUGUGUGGAUGCAUAGAUGUAAUCUUGCCACAGAUACUAAUACAGUGGAGAUUUGGUUUAUGUUACCAUUAUGUUCCUCUAAAAAGUUUUUCUUUCUCUCUUCAGAGCCAAAAUAAAAGUGGACUACACUGUUCAGAUAAGGUCACAGUCCGAUGCUGUCAGUUUUACUGAGCUGGUUUCGCUGAUGGUCAUGCUGCAAUUUGUUAGGAUAAUAGGGAUCAAGUUUUAAAUCCUCCUCCCUCCCUUUUUUCUGGAGUCUUGAUGGCCAGAGUUAUUUGUUUUUUUUUCCCCCUGCUUGCUACUGUUUUGUGGUGUUGAGAAGUGAUUUAAACCUGAGACUAACUUAAACGCUUCCUUGACCUUGUUGACUGUUCAUUUUUGUGCCAAGGAAGUGGUUGCCCCAGCGUGUGUCUUGACUUCUCCGCAUCAUUGUUGGAAGGGAAGAGAAAUGCAUCGAGCAGUUCCAGCUGCUUUUCAUUCAUUACUUCUGUUUUUUCCCCAGGACCUGACAAGCCAGGGCAGAGUCCCUGGGUUGUGUCCAAACUUAGCACUUGCAAUUGUUGGGAUGUGGAUGGAUGUGUGCGUAAGAGAGAGAAUGUGUGUGUGUGUCCAUCCGCGUGUGCGCACACAUGCACAGGUACAAAGGAGUUGCAGUUGCUCCAUGUUCUGACUUAACGGCAAUUUGAUUCUGCACUUGGGGUCUGUACAGUUACUCAUGUCAUUGUAAUGAUUUCACUCCUAACUGUGACAUUUUUACCAAAUGUGUGAAUAAAUAAUACAUAAAGAUUGGUACAAAA